ACCAUCAACAAGAUAAGCAAAAGUUUAGCCGGACCGUCAGUUCAAUUCGAUGAUUUCAGAGAGAGGGAUGGGGCCCACAGCAGGGAGGCUGAGUUUCACUGUUGUCUUCUUCAUUAUUCUGCUGUCAGGAUGCUAUCGAUGGGUUGAGGCCCAGCACUGUGUUUGGUAUGGUGAGUGUGACGAGUCUGAAAAGGUUCCUGGCAAAAAAUACAACUGUAACUACACCGGUCCCCCUGUUCCACUAAACCCUGAGGGCUAUGAGCUUCUAACGGAGCUCUGUCCUGGGUAUAACUAUGGAAACCGAAGUCUCUGCUGCAAUGAGACCCAGCUGCACACACUCAAAGGGAGUCUCCAGCUGCCCCUUCAGUUCUUGUCUCGGUGUCCUUCAUGUUUCUACAAUCUGAUGAACCUGUUCUGUGAGCUGACAUGCAGUCCACAUCAGAGUCAGUUUAUGAAUGCCACCAAGUUUAAGGGGAAGAAUGUAGUAGAAGUGGAGUACUAUAUCGGAAAGACAUUUGCUAAUGCUAUGUACAAUGCUUGUCAGGAUGUGCAGGCACCUUCUAGCAAUGUGAAAGCCUUAUCGCUUCUAUGUGGCAAGGAUGCUCAAGAAUGCAAUGCAACCAACUGGAUCCAAUACAUGUUCAGUAUUGACAAUGGCCAGGCUCCAUUUCCUAUCAUCCCUGUGUUCUCUGAUGUGGAAGUUUCCGGUUACACGCCCAUGAACAACAAAACGUAUGCCUGUACAGAAGGCUUAGAAGAUGGUUCAGGUCCAUGCUCCUGUCAGGACUGCGCAGCAGCCUGCGGCCCCAAACCCGUCCCCCCUCCUUUGCCCCCUCCCUGGACAAUCCUUGGCAUGGAUGCCAUGUCGGUCAUCAUGUGGAUCGCCUACAUGGCCUUCCUGCUCAUCUUUGCAGGAGUUUUAGUCGGGGCUUGGUGUUUCAGGAAAAGGACCAUCACAUCAGAGUACGGCCCCAUUUUGGACAGCAACAACCCGCUUUCCCUCAAUAGUGAUAAUCAUAACCAAGAAAAUGCAUCGUGCUGUGAAACGCUGGGCGAACGCUUUGAGAAUCUCUUGCGAACUUUCUUCAGCUGCUGGGGUUCUUUCUGUGUCCGUCAUCCAUCCGUGGUCCUGCUGGGCAGCUUCGUAUUAGUGACCGCUUGCAGUGGAGGCUUGGUCUACAUGCGCAUCACCACCGACCCCGUUGAGCUUUGGUCGUCGCCCGCCAGCCAGGCUCACCAGGAGAAGAGCUAUUUCGAUGAGCACUUUGGACCGUUCUUCAGAACAACGCAGCUCAUUAUAACUACUCCCAUCAAUGAUACUUAUAUCUACUCCCCGUAUUUUGGAGGGUCAGAUGUCCCGUUUAAAGCCAUCCUGUUCAAAGACAUCCUUCACCAGGUGCUAGACCUGCAACUUGAAAUCGAAAACCUGGUAGCUGAACACGACGGCAAAAACAUCACGUUGAAGGACAUCUGCUUGGCUCCUCUGGCGCCGUACAACAACAACUGCACCAUCCUGAGUGUUCUCAACUACUUUCAGAACAGCCACGCGGUGCUGGACCACAGCAAAGGAGAUGAGUUUUUUGUGUACGCGGACUAUCACAGCCACUUCCUCUACUGCGUCAGUGCUCCAGCAUCACUCAACGACACCACUGUUCUUCAUGAUCCCUGCUUAGGAACGUUUGGUGGCCCAGUCUUCCCUUGGCUGGCACUCGGAGGUUAUGACGAGACAAACUACAACAAUGCCACAGCUCUUGUGAUCACCUUCCCGCUUAACAACUACCUGAACGACUCGGUCAAGAUGGGCCAAGCUCUUGCCUGGGAAAAAGAGUUCAUCAAGUUUAUGAAGAACUUCAACAAUCCCAAUCUGACCAUAGCCUUCAGUGCAGAGAGGAGCGUUGAAGACGAGAUCGACAGAGAGAGCAACAGUGACAUCAGCACCAUCGUGAUCAGCUACGCCAUCAUGUUCAUCUACAUCUCCUUGGCUUUGGGCCACAUCCACAGUUUCAGAAGGCUGCUGGUGGACUCGAAGAUAUCUCUAGGUAUAGCUGGCAUCCUGAUUGUGCUCAGCUCUGUGUCUUCAUCUCUGGGGAUCUUCAGCUAUGCGGGUGUCCCACUUACACUCAUCGUGAUCGAGGUCAUUCCCUUCCUUGUUCUGGCUGUUGGGGUCGACAACAUCUUCAUUGUUGUGCAGACUUUCCAGAGAGAUGAGCGGAUGCCUCAGGAAGAGCUUCACCAUCAAAUCGGCCGUAUUCUUGGAGAAAUAGCUCCCAGCAUGUUUCUCUCUUCCUUCUCAGAGACUGUGGCCUUUUUCCUGGGUGGCUUGUCCAACAUGCCGGCUGUUAGGACUUUCUCUCUGUUUGCUGGCUUAGCUGUUUUCAUUGAUUUCCUGUUGCAGAUCAGUUGCUUUGUCAGCUUGCUUGGCUUGGAUGCCAAAAGACAGGAGGGGAAUCGACUUGACAUCUGCUGCUGCGUGAAACUGCCAGAACGUCAGGAAAUAAAGACAGAAGGCUUCCUCUUCCGCUUUUUCAAGAAAGUCUAUGCUCCAUUCAUUCUUAAAGAGUGGGUUCGACCGAUCAUUGUGGCGGUGUUUGUGGGUAUGCUGUCCUUCAGUAUUGCGGUUGUCAAUAAAGUGGAAAUUGGACUAGACCAGAAGUUAUCUAUGCCUGAUGACUCGUAUGUUCUGGAUUACUUCAAGAACCUGAGCGAGUACCUCCACACCGGAGCUCCGGUAUACUUUGUAGUGGAGGAUGGACUCAACUACAGUAGCCCAGAGGGCCAAAAUUCUGUGUGUGGAGGAGUGGGAUGUAACAACAACUCUUUGGUGCAGCAGAUCUAUUCAGCCUCAAUUAUCAGCAAUUACACAACCAUUGCCUACACACCAUCGUCUUGGCUGGAUGAUUACUUUGAUUGGGUGAAGCCUCAAUCAACCUGCUGUCGCUUCUACAACAACACUGGAGCUUUCUGCAAUGCCUCAGUUGUGAACUCGUCCUGUGUAUCCUGUCGGCCCAUGACUCAGAGUGGAAAGCAGAGACCCGAAGGCGAAGACUUCAUGCGCUUUCUGCCCAUGUUCUUGUCCGACAAUCCUAACCCCAAAUGUGGAAAAGGCGGACAUGCAGCUUAUGCCACAGCAGUCGAUCUGUAUCCCAACAACAUGGGUGUCGGAGCAACUUACUUCAUGACAUACCACACCAUCCUAAAGGAGUCUCCAGACUUCAUAGAUGCUUUGAAAAUGGCCCGAAACCUGGCCAACAAUAUCAGUCAGUCCAUGGAUCACAAAGUCUUUGCCUACAGCGUCUUCUACGUGUUUUACGAGCAGUACCUCACCAUUGCCUAUGACACGGCUCUGAAUUUGUGCGUGUCGCUGGGGGCCAUAUUUGUGGUCACUACAGUGCUGCUGGGCUUCGAGCUGUUUUCGGCGCUGAUGGUCAGCAUCACCAUCGCCAUGAUUCUGGUCAACAUGUUUGGCGUCAUGUGGCUGUGGGACAUCAGCCUCAACGCGGUGUCUCUAGUGAACCUGGUUAUGAGCUGUGGAAUCUCCGUGGAGUUCUGCAGUCACAUUGUGCGAGCGUUUUCCGUCAGCAUGAAGACGAACAGAGUGGAGCGGGCGGAGGAAGCCUUGGCUCAUAUGGGCAGCUCCGUGUUCAGUGGGAUCACAUUAACAAAGUUUGGAGGGAUUUUAAUCUUGGCGUUGUCCAAGUCGCAGAUCUUCCAGGUCUUCUACUUCAGGAUGUACUUGGCCAUCGUGUUGCUCGGGGCAACGCACGGCCUCAUCUUCCUCCCAGUUCUUCUAAGCUAUAUAGGUCCGUCGGCGAACAAAGCGAAGGUGUUUGCUGCGAACCAGCGCCUCGCCGGCACAGAAAGGGAGCCCCUCAUCAAACAUUAGCCGGCUUGUUAAGACGGCGAACAACGAACUAAUUAACUAACUACCUGUAAGGGAUUUCUUCGAGGGUGUGAGCUCGAGCUGCUUCUGCAACCACUGACACACUCUUCAUCAUCCCAGCUACUAUGCGUGGAUCUAACUCAGGAAUGAUAUCAGAAAUGAGGAACGUUGAAAGCCAAGUCCAAAAGUACAAGUAGAUUUCUUCUCUUCUUAGAGGACAUAAGACAUAAAAACAGCUGCCCUCCUCUUCUGCUUUGUCACCAUAAUCAUCAUCAUCAUCAUCUUCGACCUUCUCACACUACAGGCCAAGGCUUUAGCAUCUGCAGAUGGAACAAAACACCAAGGAACAGACACUUUGAUGGAGAGGAGCAGGUAGACCCUCCACCUGCUGACAUUGAGAUGAGCGAUUUGUUUUGAGAAGGUACAAAAGGGGGAAAAACUGGUCAGUUUUUAUAAAGAUGUCCAGACCAGAUCAAUCAUAUGUGAAAUGUUUCUUUUCUGCCAUGAAAAUGUUGAGUAUUUGUACAACUGAUUGAUAUUAUAAGACAUUUAUCAAAUGGACUAGUAACAGUAGUGACUCUCCCUGCAAUACCUGGAAAACUCGUCUCCUUGCUUUGUCAUGACGCAGGUCAGCUUUUUCCUCAGCAUCUAGUAGCAAUCAAACAGUGACGCUUUUAGACACAUCGACAUCUAUGUCAGAUUGGUGAUGCACAAAAUAUCUCCACUGAUGAGGAUAAAUUCUUUUAAAUGCAUACUUGUUUGUUUUUUUUUUAUUUAAACAUCAGAUAAUCGGGACGACAAACAACCAAAAACAAUUUCCAGGUACAUGCAGCCGGUCCCGUACAUGCUGCUUCACAUCUUCCUUCCCACGUGUUUCUCGAUUUUUAUUUAUUUCAAACAUGGUGUGGCGUUUACAAUAUCCAACAACAAAUUUCACUUUAAAUUGUACUGACAUUGUCUUUUUUUCUGACGACUAUGUAGGACUGAAUGGUUCUGAUUGGUGUGUAUCUGAUUUGCUUUGUGGUUACCGAACAAAACAUUUGUAGCAUUAUAAAUGAUAGAGGAUAAAAAUAUACAUAUGUAAUUGGAGAAAGCUAACAGGACUAACUAAAAUUUGUUCUAUGGUCAUUGCAGUUACUGCAGUUUUGAGAUUUGCUUUUAAACUAUUGUUUUAACUAUUAGCGUUGCUUUUCUGUAUAUUAUUUUGAACCUAUUCUAGCAUACAGUUAGAGGUCUUAAACAAACCAGUGUUUUCAGAUAAUUUAAGCAUAAUGUAACCAAUCAGAGCUUUACAUUUAUAUUCCCCACCUUUACCUCAACAUGUCUUGUCAUUGUAGCUAUUUGUGUUCUGCUAGAACAGUAAAUCAUUCCUUGUUUUUAUUACUUAGUAUAGAUAUAGUAAUAAUUUGCAUAGUAAGAGAAAAAGCUGCACCUGAAUGUGCAAAGGACAAAAAAAAUAAAUACAUUUUGGUAUGGUGGUUGUGUGUUGUUGAAUCCCGACAUUGGAAAAAAAAAACAGAUGAAGUGAAACAUGGGAUACUUUAGUUUUUAACCAUUUUUAACAUUUAUUAAACUACUCAACAACAA